UGAACAGGAGGUUCCGUUUCCUCACGGCAACAGCAGCAGUUGGGAGGUGUGGAGGAUGAGCUCUGGCAAUGGGACCAGGAGGAAAGUCAGCAAGCAGCAGCAGCAGCUUUUUAACAACACGGUGCCACCUGACCCUGAAACUCUGGCUGAGAUGCAAAGUCUUUUUAGCAAAGUUAGAACCUAUGUGAAACCAUCCAAUGGGUCUGAGUGGUGUAUUCCUGACCCAAACGUUGCUCUCAGGCACCCAACAGAGCAGCACUCCCACCUGCAGGCCCUCAAGGUGUCGCUGAAUGCUGUGAAGAACCAGCUCAGUGACAAAAAUGUGCAGGUGUGGCAUCAGCACACCAACUCCACCAAUCGGGCCGGCAAGGUGAUCAGUGCUGUUCGUUCUGCUGCCAAUGCAGAGAUCUGCACUCAGGCCUGGUGCAAGUUUUAUGAAAUCCUGGGAGCCUUUAAUCUUCUUCCAAACGAGGCUCUUCAAAAUGGAGAACUGAACACAGUCCACCUGUGUGAGGCACCGGGGGCCUUCAUUACUGCUCUCAACCACUACAUCAAAACCAGUGAGUCCACACGAUACUGCGCCUGGAACUGGGCUGCCAACACCCUCAACCCAUACCACGAGGCCAACGGGGGAAAUACAACCAUCGCAGACGAUCGAUUAAUCGCUAACACGCUGCCCUGGUGGUUCUUCGGCGCAGACAACACAGGGAACAUCAUGAUCCAGCAACAUUUGCUGGAUCUGCAGACCUUUGUGUCCAACAUGCGUAGGGUUGAUUUGGUGACGGCAGACGGAAGCUUUGACUGUCAGGAGAACCCUGAUGAGCAGGAAGCGCUGGUGGCGUCACUGCAUUACUGCGAGGCCACAGCUGCUCUGCUGCUCCUCAGCCCCGGUGGCUCCUUUGUACUAAAAAUGUUCACCCUGUAUGAACACUCGUCCGUCUGCUUGCUCUACUUGCUGAACUGCUGUUUUCAGUUCGUCAGCGUCUUCAAACCCGCCACCAGCAAAGCAGGAAACUCCGAGGUGUAUGUUGUGUGUCUGAACUAUGACAGCAAGGAAGCUGUCAAGCCUCUGCUCUCAAAACUGAUUCGUAAUUAUGGACCACAUCUGGCCGACAAAGAAGCACUUUUCCCGAAUUUUGCAAUCCCAGAGUCAUUCAUUAACCAGCAUGUGGAUGUGUACUCCUACUUCCACACGCUGCAGGUAGAGACAAUAUCAGAGAACCUGCGACUGUUUGAAAGUAUGAGCGAAGAGCAGAGGCAGAGGCUCAACCACAUCAGGGACUGUGUGGCUCAGGAGUACCUGCAGCGCUGCCAGGUGUGCUUUCUCCCACGAAGCCAAUGGAUUUCUCGUAACACAGUGAGUCCCGCCUGCUGCAGCGUGUCAGCCGGACGACCUCUGGGACAGAAGAAGCAAGCAGGAUCCUUCAAUGAGCGGCGGGAAAUGCAGACCCUGAGCUGGAGGGAACGUAUUCAGAGGGGUUGUCAUGCCACCUUGAUACAGAGACACUGGACUGAAGACAGUGGGAAAGACUGCAUGCUGGAGGGGCCCCUGUCCAAGUGUCAUGUGGAUUCGUGGUACACUAUUGUGGCAGCUGCUCUGCCUGCAGUCAGAAACUCUCCGUUCUGUGAUGGAGGGUUGUUAAACCACUUGAAUGAAGCCCUGAUGGACACAGCUGUAGACUGGACCCGUGUGCCUCUUUGUGACUCUUGCCACGUGGUUUGCACGUCUGCCAUCUUGUCUGAGGUUGCAGGCCACUGUGCCUUUAAAGCUGGCAGUUCAGGGUGCAAAAAGAAAAAACGGUGUCUGGUGUUUGGCAGCCGCUCAGUUUGGGGGGUCUCUGAGAGUCAAAUUGGGGAUUUAGAGUUAACAUUUUCCACAGAGCCUUCAUUUCCGGAAAGAGGCUCUGUCUUGUUGCACGAUGGAGAGCCGCUGUACCAGCAGCAGCUCUUAAGUUGUGUUAUGUUUGCCUUGCAGAGCUUGAGCUCUGGGGAUGCCCUGCUGCUGCCUGUGCUUUCUGUUCUCACCCGUGUCACGGCAGCUGUCAUACUCUGCCUGCACGCAUGUUUUCGCUCCGUCUCCUUCAGGUGCCCGCCUCCCUCUGGAGUGGUUGGGACGGUGCUGGUAUGUGUUGGUUUCUCUCCUGAAGCCGCUGCCCAAAUGCUCCUGGUUCUCAGCGAUGUACAGAAGAGCAUGAGUCAGCUGUUAAGAGAUGAGGAGGGUAAAAAUGAGCCUUCAGGAGGUGGCAGACAGGUGCUGCAGUUUGUUCCUAUGGAGGAGAUGCUCACUGGAGGACUGACUGAGUUCCUGUGGACUGUGAAUUCUGAAAUCAUCCAAUGGAAGCUCCAUCUGCUCAUGCAGUCAUAACGCGCUUUGGUGCACUGUCACUCUGAUAUACAUGUUUUCGCUUCAGAAGUCAUCACGUUACAUUGUGUCUUUUUUUCUUCUCGUGGAUUCAGCAGACUGUUCAGCUGCAUGAGCUUUCAGCAGAAAGAUUCAGUCACUAAAUGACCUUUGCAUGUUAAUAUGAACUCAUUUCAUUUAACAUAACACUCCUCAUUUAUUAUGUAACACCUCCAGAUAUUCAUAUUUUUUUGUAUCCAUGUACGUUUCUGACAAGUCAUACAUACUGUCAGAAGACGUUUUCACUUGAUAGAGGUCUCAGGUGCAGUCAAAUGUGAGACCUCUAUCAAGUGGAGCCGCAAACAAGGCAUGACUGAAAAUGCAAAUUACUCUCAGUACUUGAUCAGCAGAAAAUGUCCAUGACCAAAUUCUCAGAGGGAUUUCAGGAAGCUAAAUAAACAGCAGUCCAGCUGUCGGCACCAAACCUCUUUUUGGUCACGGAUGUUUUGAAUUGACAUCACAGAGCCUGAAGUGCCUGCUAGUUUGCAUCAACACAAUGUUUAAUCCCACUGUGUUGAGUAUCUUUUUAUCUUUUUUGCAGCUUUCAGUCAGAUUAGUUUCCAGUUAAUUUAAUUUGCAUCCAGUGAGGAAAACUUUGUACACUUGUGUUAGUGGACGCACACAAAAAAAGUUCCGUCUGUCAUGCUCUGCACAGCUGGAGGGUUGGGGGGGUGUUGUGUUUUUUUAUUUGUUUUUUUUUUAUUUGUUUAUUUUGUUUUUUUCAGUAUAAUUUAAAUUAGGAGUUUAUUUUGUUAUAAAAAUAAUAAAAAUUGUGCCCUUAAAAAUUACAUGAAGACUUUUUCUUGUUUGAGACUGCUAAAAUGGAGCAUUUAUAAGUAAUGAUGUGAAGAUAACCAAGCCAGUGUGCUCCUAGUGCUAGUCCCACGCCUUGGAUAAGUAAGAUUUUGAUACUAAGGAGGAAGGCGCGUGUUCAGAGGAUGGAUGUAUUGAUGGAGGACAUGCUGAGGGUUGGUGUGACAGAAGAGGUUGCUAGGAAUGGGUUGAGAUGGAGGUAGAUGAUUGACUUAGGUGACUCUUAAAGGGAGCAGCUGAAAGAU